AUGGAAGAACUGGGUGAUGUUGAGGAAGCUGUUCCUGUCACUGCGCCUGUCACGGCAGACCCAGUCGAACACGUUCCGCAUCCGUGGACUGGGGUCUCAAGUGACAGCUAUAAGCUGUUCAUGCGGGCAAUGAAGCUUUGCCACAAAUUUAGACGCAAGAUUCGGAAGCCACAAGAUAUGUUUGCGUCAGCCAACAUUAGUGCUGCCAUGCAACUGAUUGAAGAAGCUGCCGUGGUAGAGAAGCAGACUUGCGAUCUCGAUUUGGAAUGUCGCGAGACAAUUGGAGAGACUAAUGACAAGAAAACGCCGAAUCAACACCUCUUCAACGUUGCCGAAGCUUACCGACAAUCAACCCUGUUACAAUUGUACCAGACCUUUCCAGAACUCAUCGUGAGACGACACGAGCUGGAUGAGUCACAGGCGAGAGAUGCUCAAUCCUUAUGGGAUAACUGGAUCACCCCGAUUGCACUAAACUUGGUGGGCAUAUUGAAGCUUUUGCCUACAGAUUCUGGCAGCAAAAUGACCCAGCCACUACUCUGCGUCUCGGCCAGCACUGGACUCAGGCGAAAGCACAUUGAAGUCAAGGCGACUGCUCCCAGAGAUGUUCCCUUCAGCCAAGAUGCCAGUCUGGAAGACUGUGACAUGAUAAACUACCUCGACUUCGCUGGCCUUCACGAUGAGCUGCCAGAGGAGUCUGAACCAGAGCCAGAUCCAGAUGCAAAUGCUGGGAUCAUGGCUGCCAGGCAAUUUCUUCACGAGCGACUGGAGACGUUGAAGACAGUCCUACCACCAAAGCCAGUGGCAGUGGCGCAAGAUCUGACCAAAGCUAUCUGGCAAGCCUAUGACACGGAACAGUGCGCCAAGUAUGCGACACAUUGGAUAGAUGUGAUGGAUAGUCGGAAUUUGAAGUCGAACUGGGGAUAG